AAAAAAAAAGAGGGUACAGAACUUCUGGUGGGAGCUUCGCACCGGCACCGCUAACGCACCGUUUACUGCACAAGAUUUUCGAAGUUGAAUCAAUCUUUCAAUUGCUUGCCAACACCGUCACUUUUGCAAUCCACACCUCCCAAUUCUCACUAAACCACUUGGUCGCAUCGUGACUUUGGAGAAAAAUAUAUCAAACAGACUUGAGAUAAUAUCAAUUGCGACGAGAAUCAUAGACACCAAUAGAAAGAGGGGAAUCAUCACAGCAGUUGCUAAUAUUCCCAAUUUAAUAGAAACGAUCAACACGGUUGUGAAUACGACAAAGUUGAAAAACAUCACAUACCUUUUUAACGCAUAACUCGUUUCCCUCGUCAUCAUGUCUGCCAAAGCCAUUUUCGAGGCCGACGGCAAGGCCAUCGUGAACUACCAUCUCACUCGUGCUCCUGUUAUCAAGCCGAGUCCUCUCCCCAAGCCGACCACACACAACCCUCCGCCGAGGUUGGCCUCGCUGUACUUCCCCGAGGAUGCUGAUGUCAACGCGGUGCUUGACCAGGCCGAGGUCACCUACCCGUGGCUGCUCCACGGCGACGCCAAGUUCGUUGCGAAGCCUGAUCAACUGAUCAAGAGACGAGGCAAGAGUGGUCUUCUAGCCCUCAACAAGUCCUGGUCGGAUGCGAAGGCAUGGAUUGCUGAACGUGCUGGCAAGGUGCAGAAGGUUGAGCACACUGAGGGUGUUCUGCGCCAGUUCCUCGUUGAGCCUUUCGUACCUCACCCAGACGGCACCGAGUACUACAUCAACAUCAACUCGGUUCGAGAUGGCGAUUGGAUUCUCUUCACUCACGAAGGUGGUGUUGAUGUUGGUGAUGUCGAUGCCAAGGCAGAGAAGCUUCUUAUCCCUGUGGAUCUCUCGCAAUAUCCUUCAAACGAGGAGAUUGCUAGCACUCUCUUGAAGAAGGUUCCCAAGGGUGUCCACAAUGUUUUGGUUGACUUCAUCACCCGCCUGUACGCUGUCUACGUCGAUUGCCAGUUCACCUACCUUGAGAUCAACCCAUUAGUCGUUGUUCCCAAUGCUGAUGCUACAUCUGCCGAUGUCUACUUCCUCGAUCUUGCUGCCAAGCUGGAUCAGACCGCUGACUUCGAAUGUGGUGUAAAAUGGGCUAUCGCGCGAUCACCCGCCAACCUAGGAGUUGCGGCCGUCUCAAGUGCCGGCGACAAGGUCAAUGUUGACGCCGGACCUCCUAUGGAGUUCCCUGCGCCGUUUGGCCGUGAGCUUACGAAGGAAGAGGCUUACAUCGCUGAACUCGAUGCUAAGACUGGUGCUUCCCUAAAGCUCACCGUACUAAACCCCAACGGCCGUAUUUGGACCCUAGUUGCUGGUGGUGGUGCUUCCGUUGUCUACGCCGAUGCCAUUGCCUCUGCAGGUUUUGCCGAUGAUCUGGCGAACUACGGUGAAUACUCGGGUGCUCCCACCGAAUCUCAGACCUACUACUAUGCGCGAACUGUUCUAGACCUUAUGCUACGCGCGCCCACGGACUCCAAGGGCAAGGUUCUCUUCAUCGGUGGCGGUAUCGCUAACUUCACAAACGUUGCUUCCACAUUUAAGGGUGUCAUCCGGGCUCUCCGCGAAUAUGCCAAGGCCCUCAACGAGCACAACGUCCAAAUCUGGGUGCGUCGCGCUGGUCCUAACUACCAAGAAGGUCUCAAGAACAUGAAGGCUGCGACACAGGAGCUUGGCCUAAAUGCCAAGAUCUUCGGCCCUGAGAUGCACGUCUCCGGCAUUGUACCUCUUGCGCUCAUCCCCGGCCGAUGGGAAUCAAGUAACGUGCAGGAAUUCCAAGCAUAAAUGUAGCUAGGAGUGUUUGAAUGAAAGAUCCCCCUCUGAUUUCUAUAUAUAAAGAACGUGCAGAUGAUCGAUAUGACAGCAUGGCUUGUAAGGGAUUAUCUAGGUUCGGUUAAGUGCCUACGCUUUGGAGGUAGAGCUUCGGAUCCAGUUAACCUAGAUUCGAAUAAUUCGAAAUUAUCAUGAUGGUCUGGGGAGUGGCUAGUUGUAACUAGGUAUCUAGUUAGCUAUAGAGGCGUCUUCAGGAACAAAACCGACAAUAGACUGGUUAAAUUUCCACUAAGGAC